CUCGGAAUCAAUUGGACGUCAACGUUUGUGUGUUAUCAUCAAAUCGGAUCGAAAACAGUCACGUAGCAACUAAGUGGACACACAAUGGAAUUUUUUUUUCUGUCAUUUCUGGCUGUAUUGUUUGCACAAUCUCACAUCAGAUGCGCACCAUUUAUAAGGGACCGUUUGCAGCGUUUACAACCAGAGUCUGAAUUCGAACGCCAGUGCGAACGCAUCUAAGAGAGAUAGAGAGUUGUCAAGCUCACAACCACUCACCCAAUUAAUUUCACUUCAUUUUCUUUGCACCAAGCAAGAAAAGUGUUCUCGAUGGUGAACCAAUUUUGGAAUCGUGAAACAUUUAGAAAACUCAACAUAAACACACUUUCGAAAAAUUUAAUCAAUAUUUAUAUAUAUUUGUAAAUUUAUUUCAAACGACCACGCAGUUACGAUCAAAACCAACGGAAAUGAUAUUAAUUGUUUUACUUUUAACCCUAUCGAUACUUGCCUAUGUGUAUGUGCAAUGGCGUUACACAUAUUGGAAAAAACGGGGCGUACCAUGCCCCGAACCGGUCUUUUUCUUUGGCAAUGUACUCGAAACCAUUACGAUGAAAUCGCAUAUCGCACUAUUGUGCGAGAAAUGGUACAACGACUUUCCCAAUGUACCAUACACUGGUUAUUACAAAAUUCUCAAUCCCGCCAUCAAUCUUCGAGAUCCCGAUUUGAUCAAAGAUGUUCUUAUCAAAGAUCAUUUCAACUUCCAUGUUAACGAACAAGAUUUUAACAAGAAGUACGAUCCAUUGAUGGCUCACAAUCCGUUCGUGGCAACACACGACAGUUGGCGGAAAGGUCGAAGCGUUCUCACACCACUGCUUACUUUAUUCAAGGUUCGGUCAUUAUACCCUCUAAUUAGAGAUAGUUGUGACAAAUUAGCUGAUUACUUAAAAACAAUUCCACCAAAUAAGGAUGUCGAAGCUAAAGCGUUGGCAUCCCGUUUUGCUACACAAAAUGUGAUUCGAUGCUCAUUUAGUAUUGACUCACAAUGCUUUACGGACAAAAAGACAGAGUUCCGUGAAAUGGGCAAAAAAAUCUUCCAGCCAACAUUUUGGGGUGGCUUCAAGCUUAUGAUGAUGUCCAUUUGUCCAAUACUGCGAGAUGUUAUCCCGUUUGCAUUUGUGCCCGCUGAUGUUGACAAGUGGUUCCAACGCCUGGUUCGUGAAUUGAGAGAAGAAAGAAAACGAUCCCCUCUACAACAGGAAGAUUUAUUCCAAAUGUUAUUGAAUUCUGUGGAUAAAUACGAUAUCGAUGACAUCGAACUCGCUGGAUACUCGUUGACUUUGUUCGUCGAAGGCUACGAAACAUCAAGCAGUGUAUUAGGGUUUGCUAUCUAUGAAAUGGCACGCAAUCCAGACAUUCAAGAGCGUUUGUAUGAGGAGAUAACCGAUGUGCUGGCUAAAUAUGAUAACGAAUUCACGUUUGAAGCGCUUCAAGAAAUGGAAUACUUAGACAAUGUAAUACAAGAAACUAUGCGAUUGAAUGUCGUUGCACCGCUUAUUAGUAAGAUCUGUACCAAGGAAUAUACGUUACCAAUGAUCGACGGCCAGAAGGAACCAGUUACCAUUUAUCCAGGAACACCAAUCCAAAUUUGUGCUCGUGCAUUGCAUAUGGACCCGAAGCAUUAUCCAGACCCACAAGUAUUUGAUCCAAAUCGAUUCACCGAGGAAGAGCGACGCAAUCGACACAAAGCUGUUUACCUACCGUUUGGAGAAGGCCCAAGAAUGUGCACUGGAAUCAAAUUCGCUUUGGCACAAACAAAGGCAGGCCUAGCGUCGAUUAUUCGUGACUUCAAAAUUAAUAUGUCGCCAAAGCAAAAACCAUUUGUCAUGGAUAUUCGUGCAUUUUUGUAUCAAGCACGUGAUGGUUUGAUGGUCAAUUUCACCCCAAGAUCAACUGCAUAGUCAAACAAUUCCAUUUUUUCCCCUUCAAGAUGUCUUAUUUCUUGUUAUGUUAAGAACUUCAUUGGAGAUAUUAUUUUUUGUUUCAUAAAUAUUGUUUUUUUUUUUCUUUCAAUUGAUUGUAGGAAAUUAUUUCAUGUUAAAUUUUCAAUUACAUAAUAACUAGCAAGAACAUUGUAUUCUUCAUAAAUCAUAAAUAAAGAUGAUUCAUCAAA